AUGCAGCUGGCAUCUUCAUUCCAAAGCUCGCAGGGAAACCAAUCAGAAAGUGACCCAAACAACACUACAAUUUUUGUUGGUGGCCUGGAUCCUAAUGCUACGGAAGAUAUGCUGCGGCAGGUUUUUAGCCCAUAUGGGGAACUGGCUCAUGUGAAGAUACCUGUUGGAAAGCGUUGUGGCUUUGUCCAGUUUGUUAGCAGGGCUUGUUCAGAGGAGGCACUACUGAUGCUGCAGGGAACUCAGCUUGGCGGGCAAAAGAUGCGGCUUUCAUGGGGUCGUAGUCCUUCAAGCAAGCAGUCUCAGCAGCAGGAAACUAAUCAGUGGAAUGGAAACUACUAUGGUUAUGGACAAAGCUAUGAAGGAUAUGGGUAUGCUCAAGCCCCACAGGAUCCAAACAUGUAUUCAUAUGGAGCUUAUCCAGGAUAUGCAAAUUAUCAGCAACCGCAGUGAGCUUUACUAGGAUUGUGGCCUUUGACUUGCAAAUGGUAGCAGUUUGCAAGCGGUAUUUUGAACUUCACCGAAGACGGUCUAUAGUUAUGUCUGCAGGGUAUUUUAACUUGGAUGUAAUCGGUUGUGUUCUCUUCAUCUUCAGAGGCUGCGUUAGUUUAUGCUUUUUAAGCUUCUCUUAGCUAUGAUUCCUGAGUGUGUUGUCUUAACGCUUGUUUACGUUUUCUCCUGAGUUUCAAUGGUCAAGGAGUAUCAAUUUAACUUAGUAGUUAUGAUUUCUGGAUUAUUAAUGAAUCAAUCUGGAUCUAUUCUA